GCAUGGGGUAUUCUGAAGAAUAGAUGAACCGAGCUAUCAGUGAAGUUUUAGAGACUUCCCAUAACAAGGAAAUCUCUUCACUAUGGCCAUCAGUUCUUUGUCUUCUUCGAGAAGAUGAGGUUUAUGGUUUUCAUAUGAAGUCUCAAAGCAUAAGGGGAAUUCUUCGGGCAACACCAUCCACUCAUACUCUUGUGAAUGGUGAUAGAGAUUGUGUAGAGAGUGAGAGUAGACUGCCCAACACUUCUAGGGAUGGAGGUCCUACACCAAGAAUUAAUUCUGACAAGGUUGCAUCAAAGUCAUUUACGAUGGGAGCUCCUUCAUCUCCUCAAUUUCAUGCAGCUGCGUUGUUAUUUGGACCACACACACCAAGGGAGUAUGUGCAGGGCUCGCAAGCCGAAUGGCUGCAUAUGCAGGUUGGUGGUAGCUUUGAAAGAACAACAUAAACUCGGAAUAUAAACUCUUCAAGUCCCAAUUGGUUCGGAAUGUGCUUAAUUAGUUAUGCAUCUGGUGUAAUAGAAAUCUAUUUUUUGAAUGUACUAAUGUAGUGUGAUCCUGGUAGUAUAUCAUAUUAGCUGUUACAAGACGGCUUCCAGUGGAUUCUCUACUAAGCUCACUCAACAGCGAAAGUAAAGGCUGUUGAUGUGAAAGUAAAGGUUGUUGAUGCAACUUCUGCUGGCAUCUUCAUUGUCAUCAUAAAGUGUGUUCUUCAAGACUUGGUUGGUUUCAACAUUUUACUAAAUUUUGUUAGAAAACUAGUUCUGUUGAUGUAAUGACUUUGUUGGAUAUAUGGAUAAAUGUAUCGGAUUUUAACAUAAAUGAAUGUGUUUUGGAUGUGAUGUCAUUUUGAAUGUC